UUAUAUCAAUGGCCUUGGGACCAAUUAUUAUCCCCGUAAUGUACCUUAUUGGACCUAAGCUUUCACAGUCUGUCAUUGAAAGUGAUGAAUACAAUUACCUCUUUGAGCUUGUUAGUAUUUAUGGGCGAUACCUCAAUGAUGUUAAUGGCUACCAGAGGGAAAAAGAAGAAGGGAAAUUUAUCAACUCCAUAAGCUUGCGCCUGAUUCACGGCCGUGGGGAAGAACGUGAAGAAGAGAUCAUAAAGAAGAUACAGAGUAAAAUAGAGGACAGGAGAAAAGAGCUGGUGAGAUUGGUAUCAAAGGAAGAAGGAAGCAAAAUGCCAAGAGAAGUGAGGGAUGUGAAUUGGAAAAUGAGCAGAUCACUUCACCUCAUUUAUAAGAAAGAAGAUGUGAUUCAUGCGAAGGAGAUGCCAAAUGAGGUGCUCAACAUCAGAGAUAUAGUUCUCAACAGUCCCAUUAUUUUAGAUUCAUAGAUCACUCGGGGGAUUCCAAAUUCCCUCAUUUGAUUGGAAAUUAAUUUCCAACGAGAUCGUGCCUCAAGAACAAUGAUAGAGAGAGGAGAGACUUGUAGGGGUUUUGCACCCUAA